AUGGCAAAUUAGUAUAAUGUUCAAGUACUUCUUCAGAAGAAAUACUCUAAUUGUCAAUCCUAUUAUUACUCUAGGACUCUUAGUGAUUUUAUAAAUUAAGCCAGAACUCAAGAAGUGAUAGAGUUUUAUUAAGCUCUAACUUUUUAUGAGAAUUUAGAAUACUUAAGACGAUUCUAUUUAGCCAGUAUAGAUUUUAACUCAAUUUAUAGAUGAAGUGAAGGAUAAACUUCAGUUAUUUACUGAGUACUACAAAUAUCAUAAUGAAAUUCCAAGAUUUUUUAUGCACAAAAUUAGCAAUCUUAUGAGCAAGUAUAUAAUGAUUAUACAUAAGGUAGCUAUCAUGAUAAAAAAAGAAGAGUUGAAUAUUAUCGCAUUAAACGUAUUAUUGAGGAAGAAAAUCGUAAAAAUCCGAACAAACCAAAAAAAGCUAUUGUUGGAGAUCAACCAGAAGAACUUAAGCCGUCUUCUCCAAAAGUUCAAGAAUAAGUUUACAGCAAAAUACUUGAAGACAUUAUUGAUAACUCAACAACUAUUGAAGCAAUCAAUAAAAAAUUAGAUGCACUUUAAAUAAAUACAGGUGAAUUAAUUUUAUAACCAUCUAACAGGGAGCAAGAAUAAUUACAAAAUUUUAUUCAUUAUCUGGUUGAAAAACAAAAACCAAAAGUUUAAACUCAUUUUUAAUUGCAUUCACCUAAAACAUUUAAUCGAAUCCCUUUUGGAGUGAGUCAAUAGACUAUUAAACAAAUUAUAUCCAGAACAUCUAAAAACCAAUAGACUUUUCAUCUAUCUCCAAAAAUACAUAAAGAUGAAUAAUUAGUCUCUUAAAAUGGUCCAUCAACACAUAGAUAAAUCAAAGAUCCAUUAUCUAAAAUCUUAAGUCCUGUUCACAUUUAUACUUUAAAUUCGCCAUCUACACAUCAUCAUACAUUAGAAAUUAAAUAAAAAGUCAAGUAUUUCAUAUUAUCAAUUUAGUAUUUAAACUCAUCGAUCUUAAUAGGCUAGUAUUUCUCUUUCCAAAUAAUUUAAAAUUACUGAUAGUAUUCCUUAAACUAGAAAAUUUCAUAAACCUACAAGAUCGGAAUUUAGAUUUUCUAAAAAAUGA